GGAAAAAAACGGGUUAUAGGUCUAGGACGGUACAUUGUGUUGAAGUUGGAUAGGAUAAGUUGCGAUAGAGAUCUGGAAAUUGUUGAAUGGAAUGAUACAAAAAGAACCACUCAACAGUGACACUGUGCUGUGCCCCUGUUUCAAUUUUCAAUUUUCUUAACAGAUGCUUAGUUAGAGAGCAUAGUGUUUCUGUAUGCCUAUUGCCAAAUACCCAUUAAUUGGUUCCUACAGACACAUUCACUCACGCCCAUUCCACACUUUCAUCAUGGAUAUUAAUAAUCAUGUCCAUUACAAUCACACUCAUCCCUCCAAAUACACUAGAUGGAACGCUAGGGAGAGCUUCGAAUUUAUGUAUGCAAGGCCUUGGCAACUAGUCAAUGAUUUCUAUUUGAAUGCUGUCCGUGGCAAUUCCUCUUUGCCGCUUCUAUUUGGAGUUCAGACUGUUCCUGAUCACGACGAUUCUGGAAUUUCAGUACUUUCUGAUAAGACUGAGUUGGAAAAAGGUGUAUCCAAAGAUCGUGGUGGGAGGUGGGCAAGAAUAAAUUUCAAAAUUGUUCUUUCGUAUCACGGGGAGUCUUUUGAUGGCUGGCAAAAGCAGCCAAGCUUGAACACUGUUCAAAGUGUAGUAGAAGCAUCACUUGGUAAAUUUGUUGAUGAAAUGAAAACUCAACUGCUCAAGGAGAAAGGUUUGCCUAUUGAAGGUUGUGCUUCUGUUGCUGGUCGAACAGACAAAGGAGUGACGGCCCUUCAACAAGUUUGUUCAUUCUACACUUGGAAGAAGGAUAUUAACCCAAGAGAUAUUGAAGAUGCAAUAAACGACGGGGCACCAGGAAAAUUAAGGGUCAUAUCUGUACAUGAGGUAUCACGUGCCUUUCAUCCGAACUUCUCUGCUAAAUGGAGGCGUUACCUUUAUAUUUUCCCACUCACUGAUGAAGGGGAUAAGGACCAAAGCGGUAGCAAUGAGGAGUCGUGCGACAGAUUUAUAUAUAAUGAAGUUUGUGAUUCUGUCAGCAAGGACGAGUUAGAAAACGAAAUGAAAUCAUAUGUGUUCAGUGUAAGGAAGGUGAACCGGCUUUUGCAAAAAUUGGAAGGAAAAUUGCUAUCCUACAAGAUGUUUGCACGUGAUACAAAAGCUUCAAGAAACGAUGGUCCACCAACAGAGUGUUUUGUAUACCAUGCUCGAGCUAUGGAAGCCAGAUUGCCUACAACUGAUAAUGGAGAAGCGAGGGUUAUGUGCAUUGAAUUAGUAGCUAAUCGCUUUUUACGCAAGAUGGUUCGAGUGCUUGUGGCAACCACAAUUAGAGAAGCUGCAGCUGGUGCUGAAGAUGAUGCCUUGCUAAGGCUUAUGGAUGCCACAUGUAGACGUGCCACUGCUCCUCCAGCACCUCCUGAUGGCCUAUGUCUAGUUGAUGUAGGAUAUGCAGAAUUUGACCAGAAAAAAUGCUUCAUCCUGAAAGAAUAGAACUUUGUUAAGUUGUAAAAUAGUGAAUAUCUAUGAAGAGAUCAUUUUUUUAAAUGACUCCAAAGGGUCAAUCUUAAAAGAAAAAACAUGGAGGGAGCUUAGUGCAAGCGGAACUGUGUGUGAAAGAUAAAAAUGUCAGGUGAUCAAAACGAAAGUAAUCACAUAUGUGAAACACGAAAACUGUGCUUAAAAAAGGAAAAACCAAAACCGCAUUGAUCUUUAAGUCUUAGUGCUGGGAAAAAAGUGGAAUGGGAGUAAUUUGAAUUCCCUAUAAUCGCGCAUCCACGAUCGAAACUUGUAUUUGGGACCAAGUUUACCGGAUGGGAGCAACAUUGCAGAAUUGUUGAUCAAUAUCGAAUGAUUUAGAUUGCAGGACUGCGCCAAAUGCAUGAUUCUUUUGUUGUAGGAAUUCAGAUCUGAAUUCUCUCUUUGAAUUUGUGUAUUGACUUUACUUUUCUCAUUUAAUUUAAUCAUCCAAUCAAACAAGGGUUGCAUCCUUAUA